UAAUUCAUGUAACCUCAUCCGGCGCUUCAAAUCUCGUUAGCCCGGCGCUGUCAGUCUUUUAGUUUUGGUUUUGUUUAUUCAUCUUUUCUGUCGCGAUGCCUGCCGAAAAUCUAAGAUGGGAAACUUUAGAGGCCUUAAAAAAUUCACCGAAGGGAAAAAUCGCGUACGACCCGUUUUGGUCGGAAAGAGGCGAGCAUAUUUUGGCAGGAUGCAAAGAGGCCCUCAGCCUCUCCUCGCACUCUGGGGUCGUGCUGGAGCGUCUCAGCUCCCUGCCGCUGCAGAACUUCGGCCUUCUGGGCUCCGGCUCCGGCUCCGGCUCCGGGGACUCCAGCCCCGGCCUCUCUGAGGAGAUCUCAGCCUCUGGCUCUGUGACGGGAUCAAUCCCCGAUCUCAACGCCAGACCCGCCGCGCUCUCUGCAGCCCCUUUAAAGACCGAGCGUGAGCAGGCUGUUAGUGACGAGGCGAAGGAUGAAGAUCCAGAGGCAGAUGUCAGCGAAGUUUCCAGUCCUGCAUCUCUACCUGCCAUUUCCCUGCUGUCGCCCAAAGCCAUGGAGACGGCGGGCCGCAUUCUCAAAUUUGAGGAGCAACAGCGAGAAAAAGCAAAGAUGGCGCUCAGACUGCGGCAGGAGACGCAGGAGAAGCUGGUGGCGGCGGUGGCGAGCUCCGAGUCGGAGCAGCUGAAACGCUUCGAGGAGUUCAUGGAGCUGAAGCAGAGGCAGGAGUUCCAGAGCAUGAGGGACAUGAUGGACAGAGGAACCAAAGAGAGCAUCGGGCGUCAGGAGAAGAUGAAGGAGGAGCAGCGACACAGAAUGAAGAUCCUCAACCUGCGUCUGAGGGAGGCGGAGCAGCAGCGGCUGCGGGAGGCGGAGCUGGAGCGGCAGCGGCAGGCGGAGGGCAGGGAGCGACUGCGUAACCUCAACACCAUCCAGGAGGAAAUUCUGCAGCUCAACCAGCUGCUGGAGCCGUCCACCAAAACCGACCUCCCGUCGGCCAGCCUCAGCUCCUACAGCACCCGCGGGAACCAGCUGUGCUCGCAGCUGUCAGAGGUGGUGCGGAAGACGGCGGAGGGAGACUUCCCCAGCGUGGAGGACAUGACCGUGGCCGAGCGCGCCCUCCACGAGAUGAGGGCGCUGAUCCGGCUGAUGCAGGAGGAGGUCGCCAAGGCUCAAGAGAAGAAGAAGAAGGAGCAGGAGGAGGAGGAGCAGCACAGGAAGCAGGCGGAGCUGCAGGCGCAGCAGGAAGCGCAGAAAAAGGCGGCGGAGUCGGCGAAAGAGAAGGCGAAGAGGAAAGGGCUGCAGAACAGCGCCGAGGACAGCACGCUGAAAUGGUACAAGGACCUGCAGGAGCUGGCUGCUCAGUGCGCUCAGUCCAUCGAACACCUCAACACCCCGAAAGACGCCCAGACAAAGAAGCUGAAGCUGGAGCUCCAGAAAGCUGCCACCAUCCCCGUCAGUCAAAUCUCCAGCAACUCCGGGUCGCAGCUCCGAGAAAUCUUUGACAAGAUUGACAAGCUGCUGUCGGGACGCGCGGUGAUGUCCGGGGGCAGGUCUGUCUCCACCUCCCAGCAUCCUCAGGCCCUCGAAUUUGUCAGCUACAAACUGGCGGAGAAGUUUGUGAAACAAGGAGAGGAGGAGGUGGCGUCUCACCACGAAGCCGCUUUCCCCAUCGCCGUGGUGGCCUCCGGCAUCUGGGAGCUUCACCCUCGAGUGGGCGAUUUCAUCCUCGCCCACCUGCACAAGAAAUGUCCGUACGCGGUCCCGCAUUACCCUCCGAUGAAGGACGGCACACCUGUGGAGGAAUAUCAGAGGAUUCUGGGUUACCGUGUGGACGACGACGGGGUUGAAGGUCAGGACAGUUUUCUGAAGAGGAUGUCCGGGAUGAUCCGCCUUUACGCCGCCGUCAUCCAGCUGAGGUGGCCCUACGGCUCGAAGCAGGGGGCUGCCCCUCACGGUCUGAACCACGGCUGGCGUUGGUUGGCUCAGAUGCUCAACAUGGAGCCGCUGGCCGACAUCACGGCAACGCUGCUGUUCGACUUUCUCGAGGUUUGUGGAAACGCUCUGAUGAAGCAGUAUCAGGGCCAGUUCUGGAAACUCAUCCUGCUGCUUAAAGAGGAAUACUUCCCCAGAAUUGAAGCGGUGACCAGCAGCGGACAGAUGGGCUCCGUCAUCAGACUCAAGCAGUUUCUGGAGGCGUCACUGCAGAACCGACAGAUCCGUCCACCUAAAGGCCAGCUGAGCUCCGUGUUUUGGGGCUCCUGAUGGACGCCGACGAACCGCCACCAUGUUGGAUGUUUCUGCGUGACGCCGUUUAGGACUGAGUGAGGCAGAGACGGACGGAGACGUGGUCCGAUGCUGCGGACUGACAGAAAACUUCAGCUGGUGAUCAGGUAUGAAAAGCUGCUGCAGGAGGGAGACGGUUGUUCACGUCAGUUGACGUGAAGCUGCUUCUGCGGCUCGUGAACUUUGUGCCGUCUCCUGGACGUCUCGGACGAUGGGACAGCGGACGCCACGCUCUACCACAUUUUCUGGAUGUUGAAUAAUCCAAAUAAAUUCAGCAUGUUUGGGAGUUUUCAAACGUUAAAAUAGGAAGCACUUUGACACCGUUUUCUGCCUCUCACAGCUUUAGAGAACUGCGUCAUUUAUGCGUUUGCACCAAAAGUCCAGGAAAAGAAGCCAGAUUUGCUCUUUUUAAAAAGAAGACGUGCAGUAAUUAUGUUGACGUAAACGUUAAUCUGAACCCUCCGAGUGUUUUUCAGUGUUUAACAUCCUGAUUUAUAUCCGUUUCACUGCUGUUGGAGAACCAACACAAAAUGUUUUCACUACUGUUUGUUUUUAUUUCAGCAGUCGCUCUUCAAAUCAAAAUUGUGUCGAGAAUGAUUUGAACAUUUUUUAACGAGUCCACCGUGUGGACUAAAGCUUCGUGGUCUGAUGAGCUGUUUAAUAAUUGUAGAUGAAGUCAUCCCAAAACAUGUAUAGACAUGUAUAUAUCUAUUUAAAACUGCAAAGCUGCUGAUGUGCGUCAGUCCAUAUUUUGCAAAACACUAGUUUUGAUUGUCACUGAAACAGAAAUCGGAGGAUUUCUCGGCGCUUUAAAGUGAAACAGAAGUGAAAGUCAUAGUGGCGGAGCAGAAUGAAUGUAACGCAGAUUAUUAUUAUUUUACAGGUGUGUUAUCGGAAAUAUUGCAACAGUCGAAAGUUGUGCAGAAAUGUCUCCAUCUAUAAACCGAAUGUCUGAAAUAAAACCUCAUCAGCGUUUUACUGGA